AUGGACGCCGUCUUGGAGCCCUUCCCGGCCGAUAGGCUGUUCCCCGGAUCCAGCUUCCUGGACCUGGGGGAUCUGAACGAGUCGGAUUUCCUCAACAAUGCGCAUUUCCCUGAGCACCUGGACCACUUCGCGGAGAACAUGGAGGACUUCUCUAAUGACCUGUUCAGCAGUUUCUUUGAUGACCCUGUGCUGGACGAGAAGAGCCCUCUACUGGACAUGGAACUGGACUCCCCCACACCAGGCAUCCAGGCUGAGCAUAGCUACUCCCUGAGCGGUGACUCAGCACCUCAGAGCCCCCUUGUGCCCAUCAAGAUGGAGGACACCACCCAAGACGUGGAACAGGAAGCAUGGGUGCUGGGACACAAACUGUGCUCCGUCAUGGUGAAGCAGGAGCAGAGCCCGGAGCUGCCUGUGGACCCUCUGGCCGCCUCCUCAGCCAUGGCUGCUGCUGCUGCCAUGGCCACCACCCCGCUGCUGGGCCUCAGCCCCCUGUCCAGGCUGCCUGUCCCCCACCAGGCCCCAGGAGAGAUGACUCAGCUGCCAGUGAUCAAAGCGGAGCCCCAGGAGGUGAAUCAGUUCCUCAAAGUGACACCAGAGGACCUGGUGCAGAUGCCUCUGACGCCCCCCAGCAGCCACGGCAGCGACAGUGACGGCUCCCAGAGUCCCCGCUCUCUGCCCCCCUCCAGCCCUGUCCGGCCCAUGGCCCGCUCCUCCACGGCCAUCUCCACCUCCCCCCUUCUCACCGCCCCUCACAAAUUACAGGGGACAUCAGGGCCGCUGCUCCUGACAGAGGAGGAGAAACGCACCCUGAUUGCUGAGGGCUACCCCAUCCCCACGAAGCUCCCCCUCACCAAAGCCGAAGAAAAGGCCUUAAAGAGGGUCCGGAGAAAAAUCAAGAAUAAGAUCUCGGCCCAGGAGAGCCGCCGCAAGAAGAAGGAGUACGUGGAAUGUCUAGAAAAGAAGGUGGAGACAUUUACAUCAGAGAACAAUGAACUGUGGAAGAAGGUAGAGACCCUGGAGAAUGCCAACAGGACCCUGCUGCAGCAGCUGCAGAAACUCCAGACUCUGGUCACCAACAAGAUCUCAAGACCUUACAAGAUGGCCGCCACCCAGACUGGGACCUGCCUCAUGGUGGCGGCCUUGUGCUUCGUUCUGGUGCUGGGCUCCCUUGUGCCCUGCCUCCCUGAGUUCUCCUCCAGCUCCCAGACUGUGAAGGAAGACCCCGUGGCCGCUGACAGCGUCUACACAGCCAGUCAGAUGCCCUCCCGGAGCCUCCUGUUCUACGAUGAGGGGGCAGGCUCGUGGGAGGAUGGCCGCAGUGCCCUGAUGCCUGUGGAGCCCCCAGAUGGCUGGGAGAUCAAGCCGGGGGGGCCGGCAGAGCAGCGGCCCCAGGACCACCUGCAGCUUGACCACCUGGACAGCACCCACGAGACCACCAAGUACCUGAGUGAGGCCUGGCCAAAAGACGUUGGUGGAAAUGGCACCAGCCCCGACUUCUCUCAUCCCAAGGAGUGGUUCCGUGAGAGGGAUCUGGGCCCCAAUACCACCAUCAAACUCUCCUAGGCCGUGCCAAGACCCAGGACACAGGACGUACCCCCUGGCGCCCAGAAGAGGGGUGGUCUUGCU